AUGGACAAGUCAGGGCGUGGCCUGGUGCUUGGUGCGAACUACGCGCCAACACUUGUUGCACAGGAAGAAGCCAACAAACAAGGCUUCAUUCAAGUUCUAUGGCUGUUCGGCCCCGAGGAUAACGUGACGGAGGCCGGGGCCAGCAAUUUCUUUGUCAUCAUCCGGAAUAAGGAGAGUGGGCGGCCGGAGCUGCUGACACCUCCGCUUGGAGACAUCAUCCUGGACGGCGUGACACGGAAGAGCGUUCUGGAGCUAGCGAAAGAGCGACUGACAGAUGGCACCAACGGACUAGAAGGCCUGGACGUUGCAGAGCGACAAAUCACAAUGGGUGAGCUUGUUGAGGCCUCAAAAGAGGGGCGGUUGCUUGAAGCCUGCGUAACUGGUACUGCAUUCUUUAUUGCCCCAGUUGGGGUAAUUCGAUAUCGCGACGCAGACAUCAAGAUUGGAGCGGUGGAGGAUGGUGUCCUAAAGGCACCCUAUACAUUGCAGAUUCGCGACUGGCUCAGAAAGAUUAUGUAUGGCGAGGAAAAUAAUAAAUGGGGGCGGUUAAUAGAUGAAAUGUGUAGAAGAUACCAGAUCACCGCAAAGACAGAUUAG